UGUGUUGUGUGAAGCCCUUGAAGAUUUCUUUGCUGAACUGAUGCUAGAGUCUGGAAUUGAUGCCAACAGAUCAACAUGUUUACAAAUUUAUUGCACGCGAAAGAAUCUUUGAGAUCCUUGGAUUCAAGUGUGGAUAUAGACUCCGGUGAAGCAGUGGAUGCAGAUUUACUGACACCAUCCAAUGAAGCAAGCCAGCCUGGAUAUCAGACAAUCGUUUGCCCUAUAACACGGAUGACAGAUCAAGAGAAGGACAUACUCGUGUCGUCAUGGAAACGUAUGGUGGGCAGCAAUCAGGACGAAUUCAAUACACUGGGCAGGAAAUUUGCUAAGGACUUAAUGCUUUGGAUGCUAGACAACAUCCCAAAGAUGAGAUCCCUCUUCCACCCCAUGUUUGGCGAGAAAGAAGGAAUCCAUAGCCGCUUGUUUAUGAUCCACGUCAUUCUGCUGCUCAACUGGAUCAACGUCAUCGUCUCCAACGUCAAGAAACCGACCAAACUUGACAUGACAAUCAUGCAUCUGGCUUUAAAGCAUUUGAAUAUGUGUAUUGGCGUCAGAUACUUUAAUCCAUUAGAACAGAAAUUUCCCAAAUUUAUAUCCAAAGCCUUGGACAGACCAGAGGACCACCAAGAGGUCAGGCUGUGGGUCAUGUGCAUCGGUCUGCUCGCCCACAAGGUCCGCCUGAUGCAGGGGCACUUCAGUCGCAGGGAUAAAUGUGUCAUACUCUGAUCUUACAGGGUCAUACAUUAGUGGGAUUUGUUUGUCAUACUCUGAUCUUACAGGGUCAUACUUUAGUGGGAUUUGUUUGUCAUACUCUGAUCUUACAGGGUCAUACAUUAGUGGGAUUUGUUUGUCAUACUCUGAUCUUACAGGAUCAUACAUUAGUGGGAUUUGUUUGUCAUACUCUGAUCUUACAGGGUCAUACUUUAGUGGGAUUUGUUUGUCAUACUCUGAUCUUACAGGGUCAUACAUUAGUGGGAUUUGUUUGUCAUACUCUGAUCUUCUUAGGGUCAUAUAUUAGUGGGAUUUAUUUGUCAUACUCCGAUCUUACAGAGUCAUACAUUAGUGGGAUUUGUUACUCUGAUUUUCUUGGGGUCAUAUAUUGUGGGAUUGGUUUUUCAUACUCUGAUCUUCAGUGUCCGGUUUGAAAAGGACGUAAAUUAAUAUCAGAGACCUGUAGUUGUAUUGCAUUUUAUAAGUAUGUAAAUUCUUUGAUUGUUUGUAUUAAAUAAA